UACAUGUAUCCGAGCGCAGAGCAGGAGACUGUCAGAGAUCAAGAGUACGGCGCGCUGCCCGCUGCCACAAUAGACACUUUCCAACCAUGAAAGAGAAGCAUCAGCUUUGCGCAAGAGAGUGCGAGGAAAUAAGCAAGUAGAAAGCGAGCACGAGAGACUGCGGAAAGGGGGAGACUGCAGCGCUGAAAAAUAAUAGACUUUUUAUUUUAUCAUUGCCUUUUGCAGCAAGCCAAGGCAGCUUGCAAGUGUAGUCUCAGAGAUUGUUGAAGGUGAUGAAAGUUGGGCACUUGCUACAAGUGACAGCACAUCUCAAAUUCUGCUGUUCCCUGAAGGCGACUCCAAUCACUGGAAAACUUUAAAGUCAGUGACCGAGGGCUUCUGAAAGUGUCGAAAGUCACAAUUGACAGUAAUUUAGCUGAGAGCCUUUUUUUAAAAAGAAAACAAGAAGUUGGCACCCAUCAGUUUAGAAAUGGAGACCGCUUCUCAAGAUUCCCAAAUGGAAUGCCAGAUCUGCUUCAAUUACUACAGCCCUCGUCGCCGCCCCAAGCUACUUGACUGCAAGCACACUUGCUGUUCUGUCUGCCUUCAACAGAUGAGAAGCAGUCACAAGGAGCUGACGUGCCCGUGGUGCCGAAGUGUCACCAAGCUCUCCCCCAGCUUGUCUGUAUCCCAGCUGCCGGAUGACCCAGAAGUAAUUGCUGUGAUCAGCAUCCCUAAUGCCUUGGACCGCACUCCAGUCUUCAUCAGGCUCCCAAGCAGUGGUUGCUACAUGGUACCCCUGACUGUUACCAAGGAGAGUGCUCUGUUGCCAGGAGAAGGGAGUUGUCGACUGUUGCCGGGAAACCAGCGGAAGACUGUGACUGCUGUUUUGAUCCCUGGGGAGCAGCAGCAUCAGCAACACCCGUUGCAAGGCGGACCGAGGGAAGAUGAGGAAGAGGAGGAAAGCAGGGAAGUUGUGAAGACCUCCACCUGUUCAGGUGUUUGCACUGUACUCCUUGUGGCUUGCGUCCUCCUAUUCCUCCUCGGCAUUGUACUGCAUAACAUGUCUUGCAUAUCAAAGCGAUUCACUGCCAUCUCUUGUGGCUGAAGUAACUGCUGAUCUACAAGGGCUUUCAGAAUUUACUAGUUUGCAAGAUACCUGGACUGUGGCUAUACUGAGGAAUGCAGCGCAUUUAGUCUCUUGUGGCCUGGGCUUCAGAGCCAUGCUGAGGAAGCUGAGCAAAUGUAUCAAACUAACAGGAAUGAUUCAUUUGGGAAGUGAUGAAUACCUAAGGUGUAAUUUGAUAGAUCAUGUGAAAACUAUAUUUCUGGUGAAUUUUAAAGAGGUUUUACAAAUUAGUCAAUACACACACAGAAUUAAUGGAAAUUGAUUCCCUUAAUAUCACAUUAUAUUUCUGAAUUAUUAUUAACCUUAGUCUCCCUUUUAAUGGGUAGUGCAAUAAUACUAUUCAUAGUGUAACUUGAAUCAGUCUCCUGUAAGUAUUGGUAAGCAUCAUUUUAUACAUUGUAAACUAGGUUACCCUGUCAAAACCUGGGUUUUAAUUGAUUGUAGUCCAUUGAGUUGCAGCAAUCUUCCUCAGAAAUAAUGUUCAUAGUUUUGUCACCAUCAGGACAGGUUUUAGACAACUGUGCAGGUGUUUGUAAGUAGAAUUGUAACCAUCCUAUUUGGAACUAAGUUGUAUGAAUUAAAAAAAAUAUUUUUACAUUUUUGGCAGGUUGUUGGAAUUAAGUUUUUAUUUUAUGUUAAGGUUAGUAUAUACAUGCAUAGAGGGCUUAAAGUCUAGUGCAUACACAUCUACAGUGAUAAAAGGAACAUAAAAUUAUUUAAGCCAGUCAUCACUGAAUACGGUUUAUCUUAUUUGUGUGCAGGUGCUGACUAAAAUAAUUCGAUUUAUUUUGCAUUGUGGAACUGUACUGAUGGAUUACUUUAGUUCCCAGUUCAUGACAUAAUGGUUCAGCUGUUUAGAAAGUAGUUUGAUGUGUGUGAUAGGAUAUAAUUUUAUGUAGAGACAGUUUACACAAAUGAAUAGUUAACUUUGUGGAAUAGUUGAGUUUUCAAUUUAGUUUGUCUAACUAAUCAUGUGGCGUAAGCUGAUGUUGCUGCGGGGCUCUAAGGUUACUAUUUAGGGUUUUAUACCAUUUGACUAGAUUUAUUAAUAUCACAUGCCUUUUGAAUGAAUAACAUUUUACAUUAAGAGACAAAACAAAUUAAGUUACAAUUAAAGAUGUGAUUUGGUGUCCUGUUGCGUACAGUCCUAGUUGAGAGGAAAUAUUAAACUUAAUGGGAUUGUAAUGUGCUGUCAGACUUUGACAAGCAAUAUCAUAUUGGUAAUGUUUGGUGAUCCAGUUAACGUAGGGAAGGAAGAAUUAUCAUUCAUGACAUUAAAUUAUUUGUUUAAAAUAAAGAGCAGUAAUGGGUGGAGCUUGGUUAAAAGUCAUGAUGGGAUAAUUGUCAGAGUAGGUUCAAAUUUGUAUAUGAAGUAUAAUUGCCUGCAUGGUACUUUUUCUCUAUGGUACCAGAGAUUGAAAUCUUAUUGUCCAAUAUUUUACACCGUCUUCCCUUUCAGUUUUGUAAAUAUUGUAAUGAAAUGUUGAUUUUUUUCUUAGAAAGUAUUAUAUCCAAAUUACAAGUGAUGUCUGUACUUUAUAUCUGUUUAUUUUUCUGGAUAAUUUAACGUAAAGUUGUAAUCAUGGCCUCAAAGGGAAUGGAAGUCUCACUGACUUGUAUCCGUUAGGCUGACGUGAAUGGCGACAUCUUCUCCCUCAGAAAACAAAUGAAAAAUACUGUGCCUGCCUGCUGGAAAUCUGGAAUGGUGACAUACUAUUCUGCUGGUCAGGCAGCAUCUGUGGAAAAAGAGUUAAACAUGUCAUGUCAAUGCUCUUGUAUCAGAAAAAAUAAUAAUUGUUCCUCUUUUCACGGGUGCGAUCUGACCUGAAUGUUUCCAUCACUGAUUAACAGACUGAUAACAUGCCCCUGCUAAUAUCCCAUGAUCACUGUUGCCUAUACAUGCUAUUAAAUAGUUCAGUUUUUCCAUAGAUUAUUUAUUUUCAAACAUGUCUUUGUGCCUAAGUAUAUUGGGUAUAUGAACUGCCAGUGUGUGCAUAUACCUGUGAUGAUCUGCAAAAGUAGAAGUUGGAAAGAAUGGUGAAGCUGCUGUUUAUAGUUGCUGACUGUUGUCUUUGUGCUUACUCUUUUGUAGAAUAAAAUAUUGCAUGAGGCUGCAAUAGUACUUUUUUUCUCACUGAUAUUUUUAUGAUGCAGUGUUCUGAACCUGCCUGUUGUUUAUAUGUGUUCAUUUUAGUUUAAUGAUGAUUGUAAGGAGUUCAUUCAUAUGGUUUGAAAUGGACCACCGUACUGUGAUUCUGGUUGUAUUGACAACACUAUUCAACAGUUUAUAAUAAACUUUAUAAAUACUA